UUGUUUAAAAUUUCGCCGUUGUAUGUACUGCUUAAGCGAUACUAAAAAAUUCAUCAAUUAUUUUAACAAAUUAAAAUGUCAAAACAAACAAGUGGCCAGGCUUCUGGUUCAGCUACGGAAGUAAUAACAAAUGAAUGUAUAGACGGAAUGGCAAAAAAAUUGACGUUGGUUUUACGCGAAAAAGGUGAAGAGCUGUCCAAAGAUAAACUGAAAGAACCAACGAAGGCUCAAAAUGGGUUCUUCCAAAAUUUUAAAGAUUUUUUCCAAUCGGAAGCCAACGAAAUGCAAGAGACCGUCGAAAAAGCAAAAGCCGAGAAAAGCAGCACCGAAAAAAACAAACAAAAGUUGGAGGCCAUGUUUAAUAAAAUGCAGAAAAAACUUGAAGAUCAGAAACAAGAAGCAAUGGAGGCACUUGACACUAUGACAGAGGAUGAACAGGAAGAAUUCCUUUCAUUCUGGGGACAAUUUUUUAAUUUCUUUAUGGAACUGUUCAAUUGGCUCAAGGAAUUGGUGUAUAAAAUUAUCGAAGGUAUCAAACAGGGUUUAAAACUCGUUGGCAAUGCUAUAAAAAAAUGUUUUGAUGGUAUUAUUGCAUUCUUUAAAAAUAUGUUUUCUUAAUCUUCUUAAAUAUAUUUGUUUAAAUAUACUGUAAAUUUAAAUAAAAACUACAACAA